AUCGAAUCACAAUCAUUUACCAAUUGUCUGCUCCACGCCACCGCCUUCGACUGCUUUAUCCCUUCAGUGCUAUUUCCCCAUAGUGCACUUCCACUCACUCAUCUUCUCUCACACCAACUCACGUCACCCCAGCCUUGCCUGCCACCCAAAUGACUUUCCAUCCAUGAAGGCAUGUUAAUCAUCCCCAUCAACGACCCGGUCUCCUCGACUGUCCCUACCUUGGGGUUAUUCUCAUUUCACUAAACAUCUCCUCACUCUCGCCGCUAGGCGACGCCUCUCUCCUCUACCCCAGCCGCGACGAUGAAUCAAUCGUUCACCGGAAAUUCUCGAAAACUCCGUCAAGUUAACCUCUCCGGUCGCAACACCUCCAACCCGUGGGCUGCUCUUUCUGGAUCCAAAUCUUCGGGUAGCCAGGAUGCUGUUGCACAAGCACAGGCCGAUCGUGUCAAGAGACAACAAGAGAGAGAAAAGUUGACCGCUUCUAAGAAACUCCAAAAAUUAUGGCGAGGGCACUCGAGUCGCAGACGGCAGAAGGGUCUCUGGAGAGAUCUUUGGGACGAGGUGGAACAACACAGGUUGGGCCCACAUCCUUCGCAUACCUCGAGUGACAAAUCAUGGCUUCGAGGAAACUCAUUACCCUAUGAAGGAUCUCGACAACUCGCAGAUCAGAUUCGAUUAUUGCUCGCCUUUCAGGAGUUUCGCGAUCAGAGGCCGAGAUUUGAAGAUGAUACUGCUCGCCUUGUCUAUCUUGGGCAAGGUCUUCGACAGACUCUCACUCCUGCCUCGCAAUCUAGUCUCGACACAGACAUGGUGUCUUUGCUCACAAGGCUAGGCAUUCUCACCGCGAGGCAUCUGAGGAGCGUUACCCUUCCAAACAAUGAAACCGCAGCAGAAGCUUAUGGAACAUCUCUGUUGAGUAUCAUCGUCCUGCUUUCUCAGCUGGUCCCGCAGAAGGUAGCUCUGGACGCUCGCAUCUAUUUCGAGGCUCUUCAACCUAUAACCCAUUCCCCGUACGGACUCUUCUGGCGAGACCAGCUGCAAGACACUAUCGCUGCCUUGUUAACCUCCUCUCCAGCUUCAGCAUCGGCUGUCUACACUGCCUUUACCAUGACUAUUCUCAGUCAAAACUCUUUUGCUGCAUGUAAAGCUGUCCUUAAGAAUUUGGCAGCUAUCGUCAGUAUCGACUCUUUGGCUAAAGCAAUUGUCAAUCAAGAUUUCAGAAUGGACAAGCAACGACCCUCGAAUCUGUCCUCUGAUCAACUAUUAUGGCAACUCGCCCAUUUCGUCUAUAUGCAUGACACCCAGAAACUGGACCAUGAUGCCCUGAAUUCUUAUGUCGAAGGAUUGUCCGCACUUGUGGGACAGUGCGCGCAGGAUAUUGCUCAAAGGUUGGAUCUUGUCGACUCUCCAAUGUACGGCAGUGAUGCGUCGACGCCAACCCCGCUUCCGCCUUUUGUCCGCGAGAUUAUCUCUACCAUUCCUCAAGAACCGAAAGUCCGAGCAAUGUUGGCAGUGAUGGGCAAGGCUUCCUCGACACCGGUGCAUACUUCAAAUCAAGAUUUUGACGCCGCUAAGCGAUUGGCAAACUAUGCACUGGCGUUGUUGGGCGCUUUCCCAUCGAAAGCUCAGACCAUUCGCAUGUUGUUGCAUCAGGGAACUUUCAGUUUCAUCAGCGGUAAUGAUGUAUCCAUUAUUCAGUACUUCUGGACAAUCACACGUCGGACAAAUAUCUUUCAACGAAUUUCAGCAAACCACAGAGCGGUGGUGCCAUUGUUGAGGGACGCAGCACCCCCUUCGAACCAGAUUGGUCAAGCGCCUCCCACACAAGCCGAGGUCGCCAGAUGGCGAGAUGAAUGGAAAAUCACUAUCCUGUUCUUUGAGCUAUACGGAUUCAUUCUCAAGCUCAUGGACGACAGCGAGUUCUUCUCUCUGGGCAGAUCUGGCUCAUUCAACAUAAGUGCCUCCGCGACAACUCUGAUUGGACGCAAGGGUGCAUUGCCUCUGGAUGAUGUGACCACUAUGCUCACAUUUCUCAAGAACUUUGCUUUUUCAGUCUACUGGUAUGCCGCAGAUCUCGUCGAAGCCAAUGAAGUCGAAGAACCCGCCGAUAUUAGUGUGCUGUUUGGGAAGCCAGUUCCUGUUGUGUCACAACCAAAGUCGACCGUCAAGCAACCAGAGAACUUGACAGGAAAUGGCCUUUCUCAAGCAUACCUCAAGGGACUUGUCACAGGCCUCCUUCGGCAAUUACACGAGAUCGAUUCGAGACGGGCUUUUGCCAAUCCCAACGACUGGCUGAUGACCGACCAAGUCAAUUUGACUGGCUUUAUUUCAGCUGUCGUCAGCGAGGAGGAGAAACGCCAUGAGUUGGUUGACGAGGAUGAUCAAGAUGAUGAAGCAGGAGAUGACGUCGCUGAUGAUCUUGGCGAUCUUAAUGAUCCGUUCAAUUCCAACAGAACCACAAGUCUACUGUCAAGUGUCUUUGGAAUCCGUCAACCACAUGUGCCGCGGAGUAGGGACUCGCGGCAGACCGAAUUCCUGGAACGAUGGGCCCAGAAAGCACGGAGAAAGAGACAGAUAGAGUCAUUGGCCCCUCGACUGGAAAUUCUCCGCAACCUGCCAUUUUUCAUUCCAUUCGAAACUAGAGUUCAGAUCUUUCGGGAGUUCAUUUAUCGAGAUCAAGUGCGAAGGCGAGGUGGCAUUGUCGACCCAGAAUCCUGGAGGUUGUCGGUGGGCAUGGCCGCGGUCACACAGGGGAGGGGCGUAGAUGGACAACCGCUCGGAGACGCUCUCAGUCGCCAUCACGCAGAAAUUCACCGCGAAUCAAUUUUCGAGGACGCCCUGGAUCAAUUCUAUGACCUGGGAGAAGCACUGAAAGAACCCAUCCAAAUCACAUUUAUUGACAAAUUCAACACACCCGAAGCUGGCAUUGACGGUGGUGGAGUGACGAAAGAGUUCCUCAUGAGUGUCACGAAAGAUGCACUUGAUCCCAACAACCCUGCCGCCAUGUUCUGCGAAACCCCGCAAAAAUCCCUCUAUCCAAGCCCUCUUCUCUACGAUGAAUUGGCUAAAUAUUACGCUUCGGUGGGUCAUGCUCCUAGCACCGACGAUUCAAUGACCAAUUGGAUGCGGAGGUUCCAAUUUAUCGGAAGAAUCAUCGGCAAGUGCUUGUAUGAAGGGAUCUUGAUUGAUGUCACCUUCGCAGGCUUCUUUCUUCUCAAGUGGGCGUUGACAGGAGGGUCAACGGUUGGGUCGAAUGAAUCUGCAUAUCGCCCUACCAUUAACGACCUGCGAGAAUACGACGAAGAACUCUACCAGGGUCUUUUGAAGCUGAAGAACUACCCGGGAGAUGUCGAGGCUGACUUUGGCCUCGACUUCACCUUGACUGACACCUUGACCAUACUCGGAAAAGAGCCCAAAAGAUUCGAAACCAUCACGACCGAGCUCAAACCCAACGGUGCCAAUAUUCCGGUUACUAAUGCCAACCGUCUCGAAUACAUCAAUCGAGUAGUACAACGAAAACUCGUCGGGCAGCCAAAGACCGUGACAGGCCACUUCCUCGCUGGCCUGGGACAAAUUAUCCAACCAAGUUGGCUAGCCAUGUUCAAUCAAAAGGAGCUACAGAAGCUCGUCGGUGGUGACAGUUCGGAACUCGACAUUGCCGACUUGCGCAACAAUACGCAGUAUGGAGGGUUGUAUGUGGUUGGUGACGACGGGCAAGAACACCCUACAGUACAACUGUUCUGGAAAGCCUUACAAGACAUGGACGACGAUGACCGCCGAAAAGUCUUGAAAUUUGUCACCAGCACCCCACGCGCUCCACUACUCGGCUUCAGCCACUUGAAUCCCAAAUUCAGUAUCCGCGACUCGAGCGAGGAUCAGACUCGGUUGCCCAGCACGAGUACUUGUGUCAACCUGCUCAAGCUGCCUCGAUAUGGUGAUUAUAAGACGAUGAAGGAGAAACUGUUAUACGCUGUCAACUCGGGUGCCGGAUUUGAUCUUUCUUGAUUGACAGGCUGUGGACAGGAGGUGAAGGGCGCAGGGCAAGGGCAUACCGUCGACCGGAAUGCAUAGCUCGGACUGGAAAAGAGGAUUUUUGCGGUGGACAAUCAAACAAUGGUGAGCUGGUUCAAGGGUCGUUGGAUGAAUAACAAUCAAACACUGCAUUAGCAUGGCGCUACAUGAGAAGGUACUUCUUAGACGUGUAGAAUCUUUUUGGGUCGAGCCUCUUGAAUAUCCAGCGACAUAUUAAAUCAUAUGAUACUCUCCUUCCAACCCAGUCUCACGUAGCCUUGGGUAUAUAGUUUUGUUGAUGAAACCAUAAUUUAGCUUGUGGAAAGUUAGAACUACUAGGUACUUACAUAGAUUAUUGACUAGCCCUUGAUUCUAUA